CUCGUCCAGUGUGCUUCGCUGCCGGCCCGCGGGGCUCCUGCGCCUUUUAGUUUCGGAGAGCCCACUUUGAUCGAGGCCACCAUUCCUACUGAGCCUCCUCCUUCUGUCUUCUACAGUCUUCACUGGAAUUGGAUUUGCAGAGGGGGUCGGUGGAAUCGGAUCACCUCAGUUCCACGCACAACUGGCCCCUGCAUCUUCACGAUCUUCAUCAGCCGUUGCAAGCUUCAGGUCUCUUACCGCCAAGUUGGUAUCUGCCAGACAGACGACGCGCGAUCCGCUCACCACUGCUCUGGGGUCUCCCUGUAGCCUUGGCCAGGCCAAUUGAUCUUCUGGACCUUAAGUUGCCCAAGGAGCGCCUGCCCUGCAGGGAGAGAAGGGCGAGGGGAGCUGAGAGGCGUGUACCUGUGUCAGCUGUACUGCCUUGAAUAUUACUGUUACUUCUGUAUUAUUUCGUGCACGUUAUCUGGACACUGGGUGGCUGGGCUCGAGGCACUGGGCCUCAGUGGAACGAGGAACGAGCUCAGAGGAACGAGCUAAAGAGAAACCCCCGGGGCCGGCGAGCUAGGAGGCGGCGGGGGAAGAUGCACGGCGUCGGCUGGCAGACGCUGUCCCUGUCUCUGGGGUUAGUGCUGGCGAUCCUGAACGAGGUGGCGCCGCAAGCGUGUCCGGCGCAGUGCUCCUGCUCCGGGAGCACAGUGGACUGUCACGGGCUGGCGUUGCGCAGUGUGCCCAGGAAUAUCCCCCGCAACACCGAGAGACUGGAUUUAAAUGGAAAUAACAUCACAAGGAUUACCAAGACAGAUUUUGCUGGUCUUCGACACCUAAGAGUUCUUCAGCUUAUGGAGAAUAAGAUUACCACCAUUGAAAGAGGGGCAUUCCAGGAUCUUAAAGAACUGGAGAGACUGCGUUUAAACAGAAAUCACCUUCAGCUGUUUCCUGAGUUGCUGUUUCUUGGGACUUCGAAGCUAUACAGGCUUGUCCCAGAGCCCUCCUGUGAACUUAGAGUCAAGGCAGGGACAACAAGUUAUCUCCUCUGACCUUGGAAAGGAAAGCAGUGCACUUUAUUUAACAGAUUCACUGUGGGGAAUGGCAUUUUGACUCUUUUAUUAUUAUUAUCGACUUUUUGAUAAGGUUCGUUAACCUCAGCUUUCUAAAUGACCAAGUUUUAAGAAAGAUAAGACAUAACGUUAAACUAUGAAUAUGAUAAGAGACAAUUAGGGUUUGACAGAAGCAUCUUGAUAUGUUGCAUAUAUGUAAGGUCUUAGAGCUUAGAGGUGAUUUUUAAUAGAUUUCCAUUUUGUCACCCUUCAAAUGCUUCAUUUCUAUUAAAACUUGCGUUUUUUUACAGUAACUAUCAGAGCCUUUGUUGAGGUGAGGCAGUUGGGGAAGUUGAUAAUAAAUUCUUAGUGUGCAAAUAGAGGACUACAGUUUAUUGCAUUGUUUUGCAAUUAUGUAAAAUUGCUCUUAUUCAUAGUUGUAAUUUUAUACUUAUUUUAGUGGCUGUCUAGACUGUAUUUUCCCCCACUAUCCUAAUUUCAUAAGUGAGUAAGAAUUUUAUUAUUUUUUUGUUUUCUUUGCUCUGUACUAAUUCCCACUCUUGUCACUCCCUUUUGUUCUCAGACCAGCUGGGAAGCAGGUUAAAGACAAGCCACCCAACAUCUGAAUCAUAACAGCCAUUUUCAAAAGAUGUAGGUGUUUCUUAAGAGAUGUAAAACCUCUGUUUUGCCCUGAGAAAUAAGAACAUGCACACUUUUUAAAAAUGUCCUUGCUAAUUUAUAUAUAUCAAGAAGGGUAAAGACAAAUUUUAUUACCAGAAUGUUAUUUCAAAUAAUAUUUUUAGUGAGAAGUAACUUUUAUUUUCUAGAGUUUAUUUCAAAAGGUGACAUGUUUUUUAGUUGACGAAAGAAGCCAAUAGCAUUUAUGAAAUUAUAUACUUCAUUUGGACAUUUUAUGUAUUUCACUAAAUUGAGAAGUAAUUUCAAUUUUCCUUAGUAACUAUAUGCUGAUUUGCAGGACUUUAAUCCAGAAAAAAAUUAAAAUAUGAAAAUAAAAUAGUAUGUAUAAAAAAUCAGAUUUCCAGUGUAAUUUUGUAGGUCUUAUUUUGUUUAUGUUGUUUACUUUAUUUUUUUUUAAGGUCUGUUAUGUGAUUCUUAAAAAUGUGAACUUUCCAGGUCCAACAGGGGGAGCCAAUUCCAUAUUCUGCUGAGGUUGCUUGGCAUUUUGCUGUUACCCAUUUAUCAAAGCCAAAAAAUACUUUCUUUGCCUCUCUUGGCCAUUUACAGGGUCCCAUAACAGAUAAUCAUUAAAAUGAAGCAGUGUUUUAUACUAAUUACCUCUUACUCUAUAAUACUAAAUGUAUUAAUCUGUUAUGGUUAUGCCUAAAAAAGUCUGAAAUAACGGUCAUUAUUUUCGAGUGUAUGAUAUUUUUAUUCAAGGUAAUGUUAAUCGCAUAAUCUUUUUACAGUAAAAAUCAAUAUGGAAAAUAGAUCAUUUUAAUGCCCACAAAGAUCAUUUAGAUAUAAUAAGUUCUGAUUAGGUUAAUAAAAAUGGUAAAUGUAUUUUCUGC